AGUUAGAUACAGGGGUACAUGGUUUGUUGUGAAACGAAACUUUCGUCCAGUGGAGGCCGCAUCACUGCCGUUCGACGGUUUUUUUGUUUAACUACUUGGGUUCCAUUCAGGCAAAGCCCCAGAUGCAUCGCAGCAAUUGCCCCUCUGUAGUUUUAAGCAAAAUUACCCAGUAAUCUUGCUUCAGCAUAGAGGCAUGUAUGUUGGCUAGCACUUGGUAGUGUUGUGAUUUGUGGUCAUGUUGGAGACUCAGUCUAUGCGCGGAAUACCAGGCAGCCCUUGGCAAUCGAACGCUAGUUACGCAUCAAAACCCACCCCUGAGCAAAUGGCUGCAGCGCCCAGUUACCGAUAUGGCAAAACUAGCCAGGACGACAUCUGCUAUGUCGUGGCCAAAUACGACUACGAGCAUCAAGGGCCGCAGGAGUUGGAUCUGCGCAAAAACGAGCGUUAUGUGCUGUUGGACGACUCGAAGCACUGGUGGAAAGUGCAGAAUUCCCGUAACCAAGCUGGCUACGUCCCGAGCAACUAUGUGAAAAAAGAGAAGCCCUCCUUGUUUGACAGUAUUAAGAAGAAGGUAAAAAAGGGUUCGGGGUCCAAAACGUUACCUUCGAGCAAUUCGCCUUCACGCACAGUAGAAUCUCCCAGUAUGGCUAGACGGGCGGCAGCCGAUCCUUCGGAAGCCAUAGGAAUUGCAGUUGUGAAGUACAACUACCAGGCGCAACAGCCCGAUGAGCUCUCCCUAGUCAAAGGGUCGAGGAUUCUGAUCCUGGAGAAGAGCAACGAUGGAUGGUGGCGCGGGCAAAGCAGCAACAUCACCGGCUGGUUUCCGUCGAAUUACACGCAAGAAGAAGGCGAUCUUGAUGACACGAUGCAUACCUAUGCAAUGGCGGAAAAUGUGCUGGAUAUUGUGGUGGCUCUCUACUCAUUCUCCUCCACCAAUGAGCAGGAGCUGUCUUUUGAAAAGGGGGAUCGGCUGGAGAUUCUGGACAGGCCUCCUAGUGACCCUGAGUGGUACAAGGCCAGAAACUCCCAGGGCCAGAUAGGUCUUGUGCCCAGGAAUUAUCUCUCUGAACUCUCCGAGUACUUGAAACGAGGCUUCCAAGACUCUGGCAAGCCUGAACGACUGGAUUCUUCCAUGGUUAGCUCUCAGGCCUCAAUGAUUGAUAAGCCGCACAUAAUCGACAAACCGUGGUACUACGGACCGAUCACUAGAAACGCAUGUGAUUCGCUGCUGAAUCAGUUUGGGCACGAUGGGGACUUUCUGAUCAGAGACAGUGAAACCAAUGUGGGAGAUUACUCAGUGUCGUUGAAAGCACCCGGGCGCAACAAGCAUUUUAGAGUCCACGUCGAGGGCGCCCUUUACUGCAUCGGACAACGAAAGUUCCACACGCUGGAUCAGCUGGUCGAUCACUACCAACGAGCACCGAUCUACACGAACAAACAGGGCGAAAAGCUCUACCUCGUCCGGCCUCUACCGAAAACAAAAUAAGCAUAAAUCAUGUAAAUUAGCAGAUUUUCCAGGCGUUGUUCGUGUUUGUGGCCAACAAUGGCGGUAAUUUUUCGAUUUAGUUAUAUAUCGCGUGUGCGUGUUUUCUUGGUUUUUCUUCGUUCAAUUGCGAGUGGUUAGAUAACUAUGUUUAAGUGACUUCCAUGCGAAAUGCCAACGAUUGCCAUUGUUCCCAUUUUAAUUUUUUUCUUCGUUUGACUAAAUUCCUGUCCUGUGUUUAAGCGGGCUUGUGUUCCGGCGAUCUUUGGCAUUUUUUCUUUACAUUUGUAUAUCUGGUCAUACUUAUAUCGUUCUGUUUAUUUUUGUACAUAUUUGUAAGUUAUUUUCUCUAGGUAAGGCUUAAAUUAAGAUAGUCAAGGAUGUGAAUUGUUUCCGAACCUCGACACGAAACAGUGCGUUUCUAAUACUCAACAAGCUUUUUAGACCAAUUUUGACUCAUUCUCGUAGCUCUUGAGGGUUUGCUACUUAUUUUCCUUACUGAGGGCAGCAGCCCAAGUCGUUUUCUCAAGUUUUUAAAUUUGCUGAUGUUUUAUGCUCAAAUGAAAGGUUGGUUUUCUCAAGCUUCGAAAUACAGUUCUUAGAUUGAACUUUUUUAAUCACGAAAAUUUCAAAUUUCAACCCCUUAUCUUGCAAUUGAUGAGUUUUUAAAGGCAAACGACGGAAUGGAAAUUGCAGGUUUUUGAUGAAAGUUCUCAAAUUUACAGCCAUUUCGUACACGUUAUAAAUACAGUCCAUUUUUUUCAAAGUUUAGAUCUUUAUCGUAAUUUGCAACUAUGGUAUUUUAAAGACAAGCGGGUACAAGAAAAUUGCAAUUUUUAUACGAAAGUUUUGGAUAUUUUUUAAAAAUUAAUGAGCAUUAUGUAUUUGCUGCCACUUUGUACACACUGCAAAUGAAUCUUCUGUUAUCUAGUUCCCAAUUUCAGUCUUUUAUCUGCAGUAGUUUGCAACUUCUGAAUGUUCAAAGACAAACUUGGGUAAUAGAAAAUGCAGGUUUAAGAUGGGGGUUAGCAAGUUACUCAAAAAUCAAUGAAAACUUGAAGUUUUCUGCGUUUUGUAGACAUUACUAAUGAAGCCUAUUUUUCAAAAUUUCAGUGUAGUGGUUUGAAAGUUACAAAGUUUUAAAGACAAAAUUAUAAUUUUAAAACAAGUGUGCACAUUUCUCAAAAAUCAAUUACCAUUCUGCAUUAGCUGCUAUUGGGUACACACUAGAACUGAAUAGAACUGAACCGUCUUUUACCUAAUUUGCAAAUUUCAGCCCUUUUCCUGCAGUAGUUGCACUUUAAAAGAUUUUAAAGACAAUCGCGCACAAUAUAAAAUGCAAAACUGGUCCAAUACUCAACAAGCUUCUUAGACCAACCCAAACCGCUUCGAGUAGUUCUCGAGAGUUUAACACAAAAUUUCCUUUCCGAGGACAACAGCUGAAGCCCCAAGCCGUCCUUAAAGUGUGGUUGUUAACGUAAAUCGGCCAGAAUCAUUCACAUUCUUGCAAAACAUUAGUCAAAUAGGCACAAUUAAUGGUGCUCGUGCCACUUUGUACCAGUUUAUGGAGCUUCAAGUAUAAUACUCGUAUUAUUGAGCUGAGCAUACAACCAUUCAGAUUAAAGUUUCGUAUUAUAGCAUAUGAUUUUAUAAAUAAAAAGCGAACUUCAUUUACAGGGCC